AUGCAGCUCGGCCGCAUCCUCGCGAUGCUCCUCUGCACCGCCGUCGCCGUCUGGGCCAAGCCCAUGCAGAAGCGCACGCAGCACCCAUGCGGGACGCCCGAGAACUGCAACAUCAAGUGCGAAGACGGCGCGUUUUAUCUGAAGCAGCCGAAGCAGCCGAAGCAGCCGAAGCCGCCGCUGCCGCCGCUGCCGCCGCUGCCCUCGCAGCUCUUCUGCAACGGGACGCACCACGACUUCCGCUGGGGCGGCAUGGUGUGCCUCCAGACGGUCGGGCCCAAACGUACCGAGACAAAGGAUAGGUGUAGCAUCGUCAACGGGACGAUAUGCGCCUACGACGACCGAGCAGUCGACUCGGCGGUGUGCCUCGCCGAGAUGGCGGCCCUGCCCCUGUUCGAGGAGAAAUGCAGACGGGGCAUAAAGAGAUGGUCGGCCGUAAUUGACUAUCCCGAUCUUCGCCGCGACGAGUGCCCUGGCGGCCGACAUAUUCCGCCCAAGUACCAGAAGAACCAGGCGUGGAACGACACGGAGCUGGCGGCCGAUCCAGUCUUCUAG